AUGCUCUCAUAUAGUGAAAAGUCAAAGGUAUCGAAUCCUCUAACGUUGUCACUUAUCAAAAAAUGUCGCGUCCUCUCUAUAAAUUUCCCUCGUCGUCUAUUACUAUUUUCCGGCCACAUUUUGUUCACGGGGGGGCAGCCGUCUCUCUGUCUCUCUCUCUCCGGUGCGGCCGUUUUCGCGUCCCGGCUCCGAUCGAGAGGGAAAGCCGCUCCGCUCGCUCCCAUGGCGCCCGCCGCCGCGCCGGCGCCAUCCUCGCCGUCGUCCCUGUCGCCGCCUCCGGUUCCGAUGGAGCUCCACGCGCGGAACCGCGGCAAGCUCCUGGAGUCGCUCCGCCGGAGCCUCGGCGACUCCGGCCGUCCUCUCCACGGCUUCGUCUUCCUUCAGGGAGGGGAGGAGCAAACGCGCCACGACACCGAUCACACCGAGCUGUUCAGGCAGGAGAGUUAUUUUGCUUAUUUAUUUGGAGUAACAGAGCCUGGAUUUUUUGGAGCCAUUGAUAUUAUGAGUGGAAACUCUCUGCUUUUUGCUCCUAGGCUACCCUCAGAGUAUGCUGUAUGGCUGGGAGAAAUAAAGCCUUUGUCAUUCUUCGAGGAAAAAUACAUGGUCAACGAGGUGUUUUAUACUGAUGAUAUUGUAAAAGUUCUCCAUGAGCAGUUCCAAGGACAGGGAAAACCUUUAUUGUUUCUCUUGCAUGGGCUUAACACUGAUAGUAACAAUUAUGCAAAACCAGCUGAGUUCGAGGGAGUGGAAAACUUCGCGACGGACUUGACUACGCUACAUCCUAUAUUGACUGAAUGUCGUGUUACAAAGUCUGAUUUGGAGCUUGCUGUAAUUCAGUUUGCCAAUGAUAUAAGCUCCGAAGCUCAUGUUGAGGUAAUGAGGAAGAUUAGGGUUGGCAUGAAAGAGUACCAAUUAGAAAGCAUGUUUCUUCAUCACACAUAUAUGUAUGGUGGGUGCCGCCACUGCUCAUACACGUGUAUUUGUGCCACUGGUGGAAAUAGUGCUGUUCUCCACUAUGGGCAUGCAGCUGCUCCAAAUGACCGGACUUUGGAGGAUGGGGAUAUGGCAUUGUUUGAUAUGGGAGCUGAAUAUCAAUUUUAUGGAUCUGAUAUUACCUGUUCAUUCCCAGUAAAUGGCAAGUUUACAAGUGAUCAGAGUCUAAUAUACAAUGCAGUGCUUCAAGCACAUGAUGUGGUGAUUGCUGCUAUGAAACCUGGAGUUAGCUGGGUAGAUAUGCACAAAUUGGCAGAGAGGACUAUUCUCCAGUCAUUGAGGGAAGGAAGCAUCAUAUCUGGUGAUCUGGAUCAUAUGAUGGUUGAGCGUUUGGGAGCAGUUUUUAUGCCCCAUGGGCUGGGACAUCUGCUGGGUAUUGAUACUCAUGAUCCCGGCGGCUACCUGCAGGGAUUGGAGAGACCAAAAGAACCUGGAUUGAGUUCAUUGCGAACAGUCAGAGAACUCCAGGAAGGAAUGGUGAUAACGGUGGAGCCUGGAUGCUACUUUAUUGAUGCUUUAUUGGAUCCGGCAAUCGAAAGCUCAAACAAAUCAAAGUUCUUCAAUCAUGAUGUAAUUGGAAGAUUCAGAACGUUUGGUGGAGUGAGAAUUGAAAGCGAUGUGCUUGUUACCGCAACUGGUUGCAAGAACAUGACUAACGUCCCUCGCCAAACAUGGGAGAUUGAAGCCGUGAUGUCAGGAGCACCAUGGCCUCCUAGCAAAUCCUCCAUUCACCUCGAAAACGGCGAGAACACUUUCAAAAGCUAGUCCGCUCUGUGCUCGAAGCAUGGCUUUGCGCCCUUCGAGUUCAAGGGAAUAAAGGGCAGUGAUAUGUGCCGAGCUACGAUGGUCCUGCAGAUGAAUUGGAUGACAUACUGCUUGUUUAGCGCAGCGACCUUUAUGCACGCUUGCGCCUCGUUGUUAAGACAGGAUUUGUUUCUCUUGUAGACGUAAAUGACUGCUCCGGUCGGAUGUUGCGUUUCUUUGUCCCGACUAAAGUCUGCAGAGCUUGCAAUAGCCAGUACAGUGAUAAUGUCUCUUUGCUUU